AUGACAUCCCUUGAAACGGUGUCACUCCCACUGGCGUGUAAUUCCAACCCGUUCGUAGCGAAUAUGACGCUAGGUCCUUUAGGUAUCGACUACGUCCAUACCCACUACUGUACACUAUCUGGAUUGCCUUUUCUCUCGUUCUCGCUCUUAUUCUUAUGGCUCGCCGCUCUCUUUUAUUUUCUUGGUAGUACAGCUGAUGGAUACUUUUCUCCUACAUUAGCGAGCCUAAGUGAUCGUCUACGGGUACCUCACGAUGUUGCGGGUGUCACCUUCCUGGCCUUUGGUAAUGGAGCUCCUGAUGUUUUCUCAGCUAUUGCUGCGUACAAUUCUGAAAUGGGCAAUGCAGGGAUUAAUGAGCUAUUAGGAGGGGCCAUGUUCAUCUCAACGGUCGUAGUAGGCGGUGUGGCUGUCGCCAGUACGGUGGAAGUAAGACGCUGGGCGUUUCUACGGGACAUGGGGGCAUUCAUUGCUUCGUUAUUGCUGUUCUUACUGCUUGCUAUGAGCAGCACUGAGGGAGAUAUAGGGGGCACGGCGGUAUCGGCUUUCAUGUUGUUGGCCAUGUACGUAAUUUAUGUGGCCAGUGUGGUCUUUCCAGUCUGUGUGGCGACAGCUGAAGAUGAUAUUCCUGGUGCUAAGUUGGCACGCAGGACGUCCUCGACUAUCGCAGCUUUUUGGCAUGCUCUACCACCGAGGGGUAAUGAUGCCAAGAACUUGGCGCGCAAAUAUGGCUUUAUUACGAGAUCUGAGGCAGGUCCAGAUGUUGAGAGCAUAGCAGAUACAAACGGUGCUGGCGAGACACUGGAGCACAAGGAUUUUGAAAUGUCUUUGCCGCGCGAAUUGGCAGGUCCUCGAUUUUCAAGUCGAGUGUAUGACGAUCAUUUUGAUGUUGAAGAAGAAGAUUCGUUGUUUUCUCCGCUGAUUGUCGACAGCGUGCGUGAUACUGAUAAUGCUGACGAGCAGUUGCUUCCGAGAUGGCAACAGCACAUGCGCUGGAGGUGGCGGCUGAAGCGUCGUGUUAUCCGGAUAUUUACAAGCGACGAGCCGCUUGCGUUAAAAGUGCUUUGCGUUCCACAGGCAACACUUGUGCUCCUUCGAGAUAUCACCGUUCCUCUCAUGGAUGAUGAGUCCUGGUCGCGUCCCAAGGCAUGUCUGUCGCCUGUUACUGUUCCACUAUUAGUCGUGACGAUAAGCGGAUAUACCAAUGUCGAUAUCUCUGGCGAUAGGCUUUCGUACCACGUGCCGCUAUGGCAAGCUCUUGUGGUCGUGGGUGCCUGCACAAGUAUCAUGCUUUCGUUCACGACUCACCGGUCACAUGCGCCACGAUCGCUAAAAUCAUCGUGUUUACUACUUUCCCUGGCUUUUGUUGCUUGUGUAAGUUGGAUAUAUGCCGUGGCAAACGAACUGAUGGCUUUACUGGCUGCAGUGGGUUACAUUACACAUGCUAGCAACAGCUUGUUGGGAUUGACUGUGCUCGCUUGGGGGAACUCUGUGGGCGAUCUCAUUACGGAUGUCUCAGUGGCUCGCGCUGGCUUUCCGCAAAUGGCCAUUGCUGGGUGUUUUGGUGGCCCCGUUUUCAACAUUCUGCUCGGUUUGGGACUUCCCAUGAUGUUCGCGUUUGUGUCUGGGCGCAGUGAAGACUUGUCACUGGACGCUCAUGCUUGGAUAUCAGUAGUCUUCCUUUUGGUUUCUCUCAUCUCAACGCUGUUUGUGUUUGUCCACUACAAGUAUAGCUGUCCGGUGUGGUAUGGCAAGCUCCUUAUGGUAUACUACUGCCUCUACUCACUCCUGAAUCUAGUUGUGGCAUUCGGGUUGGGGCCAACGUAA